GAACCCCUCCAACAAGCCCAACUCUAUAAUCCAAGUAAAUAUAACAGCAGAGCAAAACAAUAGAAGGGGGAGAGAUAAGAUUGAUAGAAGAAAAGAGAACUAAAUGGCCUUAGAAUUAGCUUGUUUCCAAGUGAGCACCAUUUCCUCUUCAUCUACUCCAAAUAAACUAAAUCCUAAUCACCCUUCUCCUCACAAGGAAAGGCUCGGAUUGAGGCCAAAGAGAUCGAUAUCGUCGUUCUUGACGACAACAUCAUCUUCAUCUUUCAAGCAUUAUCAGUCUAAUGCCCGAGCAAACCGUUUCGUUUGCGAAGCAAAGAAUGCGGUCGAUGGAGUUGUGGCAGUAGAUGAUAAAAGCUGGGACACGGCCGUGAUGGCCAACGAAGCUCCUGUGAUCGUCGAGUUCUGGGCACCAUGGUGCGGCCCGUGCCGGAUGAUAGCUCCGGUGAUCGACGAGCUGGCCAAAGAAUAUGCCGGAAAGAUCGCCUGCUACAAAGUAAACACCGACGACUGCCCCAACAUCGCAAGCAAAUAUGGGAUUAGGAGCAUUCCGACCGUCUUGUUCUUCAAGAACGGGGAGAAGAAGGAGAGCGUUAUCGGUGCCGUGCCGAAAAGUACGCUGAGCGCUACCCUAGAGAAAUAUAUCUGAUUGUUGCAGCGUUAUGUAGGAGCAUGUUAUGUAAAUGUUAUGACAUACAUCAUAAUUUGAUGACAGAAGCUACUAUGAUCAAAUUCUUAAACGAAGGAAUUUAUGUUCGUGUAUGUGAUAUCCCCAUUUACUUAUCUCAGUACGGGUGUUUUCGGAA